CUCGAGCAACGAAAAGCAAACGCCGGCGUCCUUUGAGUGCUUGAACAACUGCGCGAGCGACUGGAACCAAGUUGGAAAACUCACUUCAGGACCGGUCAGCCUUCGCACGGCAACAACAUCGCGUCACACAGAUCCAAUUUGACAGGAGAGAUCCGAGAGAAACAUCAACGCCAUGUCCUCGUAUUCCAGCGCCGAUGAAGCCUACGACUCGGAUGAGCCGCCCGAGCUUGAGCUCAACCUCGGGAGGCUGAUGGACCAUGCCAGCCGCGCUCUCAACGCCAAAUGCAUCGGUGCCAAAAAGCUGACCCGGGGAGCGAGCCACGAGAUCUUCACCCUUCAGUUUCAGGAGGCUGCCGAAGCUCCCGCAUCUCUCGCGCAGGCGGGCUUCUACUGCGUUGCACGAUUCACGCGCGGUGAUAGCAACUCGGCCAAGUCACUUAGCGAGAUCGCCACGGCCAGAUACCUCAAGCGCUUCACAGAGAUUCCAGUCCCCGAAAUCUACUACCACGAUCUGGAUGUGGACAAUGAUGUCGGCGCGCCCUUCGUGCUCAUGGAGAAGAUUCCUGGACGCCGUCUUCACAGCCUAUGGGACGACCUAUCACUGGAAAACAAGAAAUCGGCUCUCUCGCAGAUCGCUUCGGUUCUUGCCCAGCUUGCUGCACUCCAAUUUGACCAGAUCGGAUCUUUAGACGACUCGGAGCAUGGUAUUGGGCCCGUCAUCAGCCCCUGUCUCGAGCAGCCGAAGGGCCCGUUUCAGUCGACAGGUGAAUACCUGCGAUCGUUCGUAUCGACCGAAUCAGCCGAGUCGCCGGAGCUCAAGAAUCUCUUCCAUCAAACUCAAGAAAGUAUCGACCAGUUCCUUACCCGCAAUGACCACGCCGCAUACCUCCAGCCACCCUUUUGCCUGAUCCACGCCGAUUUCGACGCACAAAACAUGCUCUUCCUCGAGCUGGAAGUUGGCUCGGGCCCCAGACUCGUCGGUCUAAUCGACUUCGAGUAUGCUUACACGGGACCUCUCCACUUCCUUUACGAGUACCCAAUCUUCAUCCAGGAUGUGUCUUGGUCCAAGGAACUAUACGCCGAGAACGCCGUCCUGCGUGCUCAUUUCGUCCGCGCCAUCUAUGAAGCACUACCCACCCCCGAUGCACGGUCGACAUUCAUCGCGUCAAUGAACGAAAAGAGUUUCGCCAUGAGCGCGUUCAGCAAUUCAUUCAUGACGAUGAAAUGCUCAGAGAAGACCCUCAUCAAUUCUGUGACCAAUUACAUAAAGGACCUCCGGGACGGCACAGGGCUUCCAUACUCUGGUCGGCUCGAUUACACCCCCGAACUGUACUCCCACGAGGGCUACCCCCUGCCCACCGAUACAACCGCCAAAAGAGAAACACAAGAUAGCGCUGGCGACGGAAUUCGGCUGGGAGAAUCGUCUCCGUUGGGGGACCUUGGCAUGGAUGAGGAUGGAGACUUGUCGAAAUGA